AUGCAGCAGGAGGAACCUUAUGACUCGCAUCUUAUAGUUACCAUCCAUAUUUUAGCCAUUGUUGUUACAGGCGCAGCUGUUUAUUUCGAGUACUAUCACACUGAGACUGCACAUUUCUAUGUUGCAAGAUUUUUCGCUUAUACUGGAUAUGCAGAAGCACAGAGCGUUUUAGCACAGAAAUAUUUGACUGGACUCGGCGUUCGUAGAAAUGUUACGUUAGCGAUACAUUGGCUGAAAGAAGCUGUUGCACAAGAGCAUGCUCAUGCAGCUUACAAUUUAGCUAUUGUGCAUAUGGAUGGGUACCCAACUGGCCUUCGGCAUGGAGAAUCGAAGAAGCUGCUGGAACUGGCAGCCAGCAAGGGUAUGAAGCAGGCAGAGGACGCGCUGCGGAAGCUGUGCGCGGGCCGAGGAAGGUACUGCAAGCUGAAGUAGCAGCUCCGCUACCUCCGGCAACGGAUUUAUUCUUACUUCUGAUUGUUCUUAAAAUGUUUGGAAAUAUAAGAUCAAGUUGUUCAACAAAUUUUGCUAACGCACUGUUGUAAAUGUAAUGGUAAACAAAUUAUAUAAACUAUGGAUGAUA